ACUGAACAGGAUAAACGUCUCCUUCAGUCGGCAGCGCAGGCUCGUUCCUCCUCACACCAGCUCUGAGCGGAUGCUCAGCAGGGGUGUUUGAGACCUCAGUGGGCUGUGGGGGAGCGGCUCAGGGACUUCAUCCAUCCACCUACACAGAGCCGCCAGUCAGAAGGAAUAUGGGAAAAUCCGAAAGCCAAAUGGAUAUCAUGGAGAAAUCGAGUAAACCCGGAAAACGCCGUUGGACCGUGGCAGAAAUCGGUCUGUCCGUGCUGCUGCUGCUGGCCAGCUGUGCCUUGGCCGGGCUGGUUGUCCUCUACACGUCAGCCGUGAAAGAGCAAUCAAACAGGUCGACCGUAACCAGAGGCUCAACGGGUGAAGGCCAAAUGUUUCGCUCCAGCCUCAACAAUGUGUGCACGACUGCAGACUGUGUCACUGCAGCUGCUCGGCUCCUGCAGAACAUGGAUAAAUCCGUGGAGCCUUGCGAUAAUUUCUAUCGAUAUGCCUGUGGAGGCUGGCUGGAGCGACACGUCAUCCCCGAGACGAGCUCCCGGCACAGUGUCUUCGACAUUCUGAGAGACAAACUGGAGAUUGUGCUCAAAGGUGUUCUUGAAAUGACGAGUGAAGCCGACAGAGAUGCCAUAAAGAAAGCCAAAGUCCUUUACAGCUCCUGCAUGAAUGAAAGCCUUAUUGAGCAGCGUGACUCGCAGCCCCUCAUGAAGCUCAUCGACAGCGUUGGAGGCUGGCCUGUGGCCUCAGAGGACUGGAACACGACAGCAGAAGAAACAUGGAGUCUUGAAAGCACCCUGGCAAUUCUCACUGCUCAUUUCCACAAGAAGGUGAUCCUGGACAUGUACGUGUGGACAGACGACCGGGACUCUCAACGCCACAUCAUCUAUAUUGAUCAACCCGGACUCGGAAUGCCAUCCAGGGAUUAUUAUUUCAAUGAUGGGAACUACAAAAAGGUCCGAGAGGCUUAUCUGCAGUUCAUGGUUUCGAUUGCAAAAAUAACCCGAGACGACAGAAACUUGACGCAGGACGAAGAUCGAGUUUGGGAGGAGAUGAUGCAAGUGCUGGAGCUGGAGACAGACAUCGCCAAUGCUACAUCACCUGCAGAGGAGCGCCAAGACGUCACCGUUCUCUACAACAAAAUGACCAUGAGUGAACUUCAGAGCACAUUCAGUCUUAAUGGCUUCAACUGGACAAAGUUCAUUCAUGGGGUGCUGUCCAGUGUGUCCAUUGACAUCCAACGGGAAGAGGAGGUGGUGGUCUACAGCGCUCCUUACCUUCAGAAGCUGGAUGAAGUUCUCUCCAGACACAGUGUCCGAACUAUGCAGAACUACCUCAUAUGGCAGCUCAUCAUCGACAGAGUCAGCAGCUUGAGCCGCCGCUUCAAAGACGCCAGAGCGCGCUACAGAAAGACUCUGUAUGGAACCACGGUGGAGGACGCUUGGUGGCGGGAAUGUGUCCGUUACGUCCAGAGCAGCAUGGAGAACGCAGUGGGAGCCCUGUACGUGCGCGAGACGUUUGCAGGGGAAAGUAAACAAAUGGUCAGUAACCUCAUCAGCAAGAUACAACAAGCCUAUGUGGAAACCCUGGAGGAGUUAAACUGGAUGGAUGAUGCGUCAAAGGAGAAGGCAAGAGAAAAGGCCAUGGCCAUGAAGGAGCAUAUUGGCUAUCCGGAUCACAUUCUAGAAGAAGACAACCAGAAGUUGGAUCAAGAAUAUGCUCAUCUCAAUUUCAGUGAGGAAAACUACUUUGAGAACAUCCUUGAGAACCUCAAGUCUGAAGCUCACAAGAGUUUGAAGAAGCUGAGAGAACCAGUUGAUCCUGAUCUGUGGAUCAUUGGAGCUGCUGUUGUGAAUGCUUUCUACUCACCAAACAGGAACCAGAUUGUGUUUCCUGCAGGAAUCCUGCAGCCGCCUUUCUUCAGCAAACACCAACACCAGGCCCUUAACUUCGGAGGCAUCGGGAUGGUGAUCGGACAUGAGAUCACUCAUGGGUUUGAUGACAAUGGUCGUAAUUUUGACAAAGACGGUAAUAUGCUGAACUGGUGGAGUAAUUACUCUGCGGAGCACUUUAAAGAGCAGUCACAGUGCAUGGUGCAGCAAUACGGCAACUUCAACUGGAAGCUGGCAGGUGGACAAAAUGUCAGUGGAAUCAGUACGCUAGGGGAGAAUAUCGCCGACAACGGAGGGGUUCGUCAAGCUUAUAAGGCUUAUCUGAAGUGGAUGGAAAUGGAGGGGGAAGAGCCCCGUCUGCCUGGCCUAGACAUGGAUCACAAACAACUUUUCUUCCUUAACUUUGCCCAGGUGUGGUGUGGUGCCUAUCGGCCUGAGUAUGCCAGCCAGUCUAUCAAAACCGAUUCUCAUAGUCCUUUAGAGUACAGGGUGCUUGGAUCCCUCCAGAAUUUCGAAGCUUUUUCGGAAGCUUUUCAGUGCCAGAAAGGCAGCCAGAUGAACCCUGAGCUCAAGUGCCGUGUGUGGUAGAGCUGCUCCAAGUUUCUGACCGCGGUAAUGAGAGGAGAAUCAAAGCAGAGCGGAUCUCUUAGGGGAAGAGGUGGACGUUGACUGAAGGGAGCUUUCAAGUGCAGCAGAACAACAGCCGGUUUGAAUGACGGCUGUCACAUUCGGGAUGCCUUGGUAAAACUGAACACGACUGUUAGGUCUCAGUUGAGGCUGUUGAAGUGAAUGUGUACAUUGAAACUAUAUAAUAUGUCUGUUAAUCUUCAUCUUUUGGCAAAUACUGUUGUGAAAAAGAAAAAAAAUGGGGUGGUUCUGCUUUUUUAUUUAGAGUGAGAUGCUGUGCUACAAGAUAAAUGUUUGAUAUUUGGGAAAUAUACUUGAUAAAAAGCGUUUUAGUGUAAAAAUUAAGACACGAUCAGGCAUUUGUUUGAUAAAAUUCCAAAAUUAAUUCCAAAAUUCUUUGCAAAAAACUAUUGAUGCUCACUAGAUUAGCAAGUAAAGACCACAAUGCAUUGUGGUCGAACAAUUUCGAACCGUGUUUAAGUUAAAUUUUUGAAUAAACCAUCCACAUAUUCACCGUCAGAACACAGUGGAAUCAUAAAUAAAUAAAUAAAUAUAGACUCUUCUCAGGUGAGUUGCUCCCGGCUCAUAUGGUUUAGAACGACAAAGCUGACAGCUGAACGCUUUUAAAGCGAUUUUACAUAAAUAAUAAAGGGUAACCUAACCAAUUAUAACUGAAAUUUGUACAAUAUUUAUUGUAUAAAUGUCCUACCUGGUCGUAUUCGUUUCCUCCUCUUAGAUCGUUUACAAAUCAGAGCACAAAUGUCAGUAAUCCUUCCUCAGUGCAGCUGCUGCUGCUCAACUGCUUCCCCAAAUUCCUCUGGAUAAUAUUAAACAAGUCGUUGUCUCAGUUAGACGAAGGUUACAAGUAGUAACUUCACUGAAUAAUUGAUUAUGAAGGUAAUUGUGAUUUUUUUCUUUUAAUCUGUGCUGAUGCUAAUGCUAAUGCUAGCAUUAGCUUUGUGUUUGAGAUGUGAAGUUUCAGAAGAUCUUUUCUCACCAGUUAAAAGUU